UAGUGUCAAGUUUGGAAGAGUGAGUGAGUGAAGUGGAGAGAAAAGAAUAUAUUAAUUGUAAAUUUGGUAAACGGUUAUAGCAUGUUGCUGCACAAUAGAGAUGAUAAGGAAAAGGAAAGUGCAGUGGUUAGAUCUUGGAGAUAGAUGGGUGUCACAUAAAUUAAAUUUGCUAUGAUUGGGUUGUGUAUACCUGUCACUGUACCACCCUGCUUCAAUGCAUUUCACCAAUUUAGUAAUCUCAGACAAUACACAACAAUAGCCUAGAGUUUGUUUCCGAUGGACCGACGCUGGCCGUGGAAGAAAAAAUCAUCUGAUAAGGUUGUGAUUGAGAAAACAGCUGCUUCCAUAGACUCAUCAGAUGCUUCUAAUCAGGAUAAUAACAAGAAACAGAAUUAUGUCCAAAUCUCUGUGGAAUCCUAUUCACAUCUGUCUGGUUUGGAGGAUCAAGUGAAGACAUACGAGGAAAAAGUUCAGACACUUGAAGAUGAGAUCAAGGAAAUGAAUGAACAGCUGUCAACAGCAAACUCUGAGAUCACAGAAGUGAAUGAGAAACUGUCAGCAGCAAACUCUGAGAUUAAUACUAAGGAAAGCAUGGUAAAACAACAUGCUAAAGUUGCUGAAGAAGCUGUCUCAGGGUGGGAAAAGGCUGAAGCUGAGGCUUUGGCAUUAAAGGACCAUCUAGAAUCUGUCACUCUGGCAAAACUCACUGCCGAGGACCGUGCGUCACAUUUAGACGGUGCUCUUAAAGAGUGUAUGCGACAGAUACGGAACCUUAAGGAAGAAAAUGAACAGAAAAUACAGGAAGUUGCUCUGUCGAAAACCAAGCAGUUAGACAAGAUUAAGGGGGAGCUCGAGGCUAAGAUAGCUAACUUUGAACUGGAACUACGGAGGUCUGCUGCUGAAAAUGGGGCGCUGUCAAGGUCUUUGCAGGAGCGCUCUAACAUGCUAAUGCAAAUAAGUGAAGAAAAAGGUCGCGCCGAGGCUGAAAUUGAGCAUCUUAAGAGCAACAUAGAAUCGUGUGAAAGAGAAAUUAAUUCACUAAAAUAUGAACUUCAUGUUGCUUCCAAAGAGCUUGAAAUUCGCAAUGAAGAAAAAAACAUGAGUAUGAGGUCUGCAGAAGCUGCGAACAAGCAGCAUAUGGAGGGUGUAAAAAAAAUUGCUAAGUUAGAGGCUGAGUGCCAACGACUACGCGGACUAGUUCGGAAAAAGUUACCUGGUCCAGCUGCACUUGCACAAAUGAAGCUAGAGGUUGAAAGUCUUGGCCGAGAUAAUGGAGAAAGUCGAUUAAGGAAAUCACCUGUGAAGCCUGCUUCCCCUAAUUUCUCCUCGACACCUGACUUCUCCCUGGAGAAUAUACAAAAAUUCCAGAAGGAGAAUGAAUUUCUUACAGAGCGUUUAUUUGCAAUGGAAGAAGAAACAAAGAUGUUGAAAGAAGCAUUGGCUAAACGCAACAGUGAAUUGCAGGCCUCAAGAAGUACGUGUGCUAAAACACUGAGCAAACUUCAAAGUUUGGAAUCACAACUUCAGACAACUAACCAACAGAAAGGAUCUCCAAAAUCCAUCGUGCAUGUAACCCAUGAAAGCAUUUAUAGUCAGAACACAAGCAUUGCACCAAGCUUGGUCUCCAUGUCUGAAGAUGGAAACGAUGAUGCAGGAAGUUGUGCCGAGUCUUGGUCUACAACAAUCGCAUCUGGACUAUCCCCAGUUUCUAAAAAGUUUACCGAGGAAUCAAGCAAGUCAGAAGCCAUUCAAAAGUUGGAACUAAUGGACGACUUUCUGGAGGUAGAGAAGCUAGCUCGUUUGUCAAUUGAUUCCAACAUAGAUUCGACUGUUUCAUUAUCUUCAAACAAUAGCCCAACUGAUGGUAUGACCAAUGAUGUAUCACAAGGCAGUACCAGCAGAGUUGGUCAGUCCAAAACAAAUGGGGAUUCAAAUCCAUUGCCAAAUCAAGUGUCUUCUGGUGCUUUGAUACCAGCACCGGAUCCUCAAUCUGAGGUUGGUGGCUUCUUAACAGAGCUUAGAUCAAGAAUAUUACUGGUUUUUGACUCCAUUGCUAAGGAGGCUGAUAUAGGGAAGAUUGUUGAGGAUAUUAAACAUGUGCUAGAAGAUUCGCGUGACACUGCCAUUCACCACUCUGUAUAUUUAGUUCCCCAGGAUGCACGACCUUCUGAUGCCACAUGUGAUAGGCAGAAUAAUCCCGAAGAGGCUGGCUUAAACCUCAAAAAGGAAACCAUUUCAUCCCCGCAACCCAAAGAAUAUGUGCAGAUAACUUCAGAUUUAGAAGCUGCAAUUUCUCAUAUUCAUGACUUUGUAUUGUUCCUUGGCAAAGAAGCAAUUUCGUUUCAUGACUUAUCUUCUAAUCGAAAUGAAAUGAGCCGAAAGAUUGAGGAGUUUUCUGUCACUUUUAGUAAAGUUUUAUGCAGCAAUGCAAGUCUGCUACAGUUUGUUCUUGACCUGUCUUACGUUUUGGCUAAAGCAAGUGAACUAAGAUUUAGUGUCCUUGGCUACAAGGAUACAGAAGCUGAAUCUAACGGUCUCGAUUGCAUAGAUAAGAUUGCUUUGCCUGAAAAUAAGUUAGUUCAAGACAAUUCAUCCGGAGAAAGAUAUCAAAAUGGUUGUUCCCGUGUUCUUAAUCCCUGUUCUGAUCCCGAGGUUCCUGAUGAUGUAAAUUUGGUUUCGGGCUAUACAGCGAAUGUCACAUCACAAAAACUGUCAUUGGAAGAAUUUGAGGAAUUGAAACUAGAGAAAGAGAAAGUAGCAACAGAUCUGUCAAAAUGUACCGAGGAUCUUGAAGUCACCAAGUCUCAAUUGCUAGAAACCGAGCAACUUCUAGAAGAAGUUAAAUCACAGUUGGCUUCUGCUCAAAGGUCAAAUAGCUUGGCUGAGACACAGCUAAAAUGUAUGGCAGAGUCAUACAAUUCACUUGAAACGCGUGCCCAGGAGUUCGAAACUGAGCUGAACCAAUUGCAAAGUAAGAUAGAAAUUCUGGAGAAUGAGCUUCAAGAUGAAAAGAGGGCUCAUGAAGCUGCUUUGGCGAAGAGCAAGGAGCUAGAAGAGCAGUUACUAAGGAUUGAGAGAUCAACGGCUGAUAAUGAACAAAAGUCUACGCAGGAGAGAGAUUUGGCAGCAGCUGCCGAAAAGCUAGCCGAGUGUCAGGAAACCAUAUUCCUUCUGGGAAAGCAGUUAAAUGCUCUACAUCCUCAAAGUGAACCAAUUGAGUCUCCUUACACCAAGAUAAAUCCAAAGGUUGAAGGCUUCGUCCCAAGGAAUGAACCUACUACUACUAGUAGUCCAAAUCUUCAAGAAGUAGGUCAGUUGGAGAUGGACAGUGCCACUUCUUUUGUGCAAAGACUGCAUUCAGAUUCCCCCUUGCAUUUUUCCAAUAGUCUAUUUGUUCCAUCAGAUAAUGAUUCAAACGUUUCCACCAGAUCUCCGGCACAGCUUCCAAAAUCGAAACCAAAACACCGGCCUACCAAGUCAGCCUCUUCUUCAACUUCUUCCGUCACUACGCCGGAGAAACACGCACGAGGAUUUAGUAGAUUCUUUUCAUCAAAAGGGAAACCUGCUUAUUGAGCUUGCAGCAUGCAUGCAGGUUCUUUGAUAGAUUGAUAAUACAUAUUGAGGAAGCUACAUGGUGAUGACAUUUAGAAAGCACCAUGGUGCCAUAUAUAUAUAUUGAUGUUUGACAGAAUUGAGUUUUUGGGGAGGUUUGUGUAGUUAGGAAGGGAUGAUGCUAUGAGUGUAUGGUGAAUUUUGUAUGUAAUGGUUGUAAAUGGUAACCAUAUGUUGUUUUCUUCUUUUCAUUUUUCAUUGGUUUUUCCUCCCAUUUGUUUUGGAAUUGAAUUAGCAAACUACAAACAAUUGACAUAGUAUCUGAACCUUUACAGGAUAUGUUCAAUAUGCUGAUUUUAUAUAGUUAGUUAUUAUUCA